AUGCUUAAGUUUCAGAAAUCUCUUAAAAGAUUUUCUCCAUUUUUGGGCCGUCUGACUGCUGCAGCAACCUAUCCUGGAAUGUUGGAGGAACGAAUCAAUUGUAUUGUCGAUGAAGUCAAACGGAGCAAUGGUGAAAUUAUUCUUUUCAUUGAUGAGAGGCACAAGCUAAUUGGUCAAGCAGCCAACGUUUUGAAACCUCACCUUUCUCAGGGGGGACCUCAAGGGGCUUCAACACUGAAAGAUUAUAGAGAGCUCAUUAUGAAAGAUAUCGCCUUGAAACAACGAUUUGAAGUGGUACAAGUGAAUGAGCCAUCCAUCGAUGAAACAUUUGAGAUACUAUCAGGUCUAAAAACGGAAAUACGAGGUUUAUCAUUACGUUUCAUACUCAUAUGA